AUGGUAUUCACAUCUACGCAGCCGCAACUAGACAUUCCCACCAGCCUCCCAAUCUGGGACUUCCUCUUCGACUCGGACUACUCUCCCCUUCGUCAAUUUCUACCGUCCCAGCUAGGUGGCUACAUCAAUGCCAUUACCAAGGAAGAAGUCCGCUACGAUGCGCUUAGGGAGCUCACCACGGCCAUCUCCACGGCACUCGUGAGGAGAUAUGGUCUAGAACCAGGUCAGACGGUCGCACUAUUCAGCCCCAACACCAUCUGGUACCCGGUGGCCAUGCUUGCGACCGUGAGAAUGGGAGGCAUUAUAUCGGGCGCAUCGCCCGCCUACAACGUCGAAGAGAUGGCCUACGCGUUGAAGACUGCACAUGCGCGGUUUCUGAUGACGGUGCCUUCGUCGCUGGUCGUUGCCGUCCCGGCUGCGGCGCAAGCGGGGAUCCCGAAGGAACGCAUAUUCCUCCUGGAAGGGGCGGAGGAUGGGUAUGUGACCGUGCAGCAGCUCAUCGCCAUUGGACGAGACUACGGUAUCGACGGCCAAGUCGCUUCGUUCCAGCUGCCUGGGGGGAAGACGAACCAAGAUAUAUGUGGGUUCUUGAGCUUCAGCAGUGGGACGACGGGGCUGCCAAAAGCGGUGAUGAUCGCGCAUUCCAACGUCAUUGCGCAAUGCAUGCAGAUCCAGCAACUCACUCCAGCAGAUCACAGACGGUCACUGGCAGUUCUGCCUCUCUUCCACAGCAUGUUCACUUCCUCCCCUCUCCAAUCCAAUCCUCUGACUUUAAGAGCAGUCACUGGCCUGGUCCACCAGAUGCACCUGCCCAUCCUCCUCAACUCCGAAGUCUACAUGCUUCCCUCAUUCAACAUGAAGACGAUGCUCGACACUGUCGUGCAAUACCGCAUCCGCGAGCUACUCCUCGUCCCGCCCAUCCUCAUCAGACUGCUUAACGAUCCCAUCGUAACGAACUACGACCUCUCGCACGUGGAGCGCUUCUCCUCCGGGGCGGCGCCCAUCGCAGCGGAGGUGCUAUCACAGCUGCAAGCCCGCUUCCCGCGCACGGGUUUCAAGCAAGGCUACGGUAUGACCGAAAGCUGCAGCUGCAUUACGGCGCAUCCGCCCGACAAGUCGACUUACGCGUAUGCCACGCGUGGAGGCGCCCUCGUCGCCAACACGGAGGUCAAAGUGCUUGACGUAUCUAGCGGGGAGGAGCUGGGGGUGCGCCAGGAGGGCGAGAUCGUCGCGCGCGGGCCCCAGGUGGUCAUGGGCUAUCUGGCGAACGAGACGGCGACGCUCGAGACGUUCUCGGGACCAGGGGGCCGGUGGCUGCACACGGGCGACGUGGGGUUCGUGGACGAGGAGGGGUUCGUGACUAUUACCGACCGCAUCAAGGAGAUGAUCAAGGUCAAGGGCGUGCAGGUGUCGCCAGCGGAGCUGGAAGAUCUGUUAUUGAGCCAUGAAGCCGUGGACGACGUAGCCGUUACGGGUGUGGCGGACGACUACGCAGGGGAGAAGCCCAAGGCAUAUGUGGUGCGGGCGCCGGGGUCUCCCGCGGAUAUCGAUGGGUUAGUGGACGUGGGACGCCAGAUCUUGGAGUUUGUGCGGGCGCGCAAGGUCCGGGAUAAGUGGUUGGUGGAGGUGGAGUUUGUGAAUGAGGUGCCCAAGAGUGCGAGUGGGAAGAUCCUGCGACGAGUGCUGCGAGAUCGCGAGAGGAAUCCAGUGGAAGGGAAGCGGCUGGUUGUCCGAGAUGAGCGGACGCGAGCGAAGCUGUAA